GGAUGGAGGGUUGGCCACGCAGGCGCUGGGGGCCGCGUUGAGAACCCCACGCGGGAGCUUCUGGAGUCCCCAGCCACCGCUUCUCACUUCACUGGAGAAGAGGCUGGGGCUGGGAGGGAGCUAAUAAAGAGUGAAUGUGCUGCAGCCGCUGUGGCGGCCGGAAUCAGUCCCAGCGACACCGGAGCAGUGCGCCCGGGAGGCGGCGAAGGGAGGCGGAUCGCCUUGUCCCUCCCACCCGCCUCUCUUUCUCUCUCUUCCUCCAGCUGGUCCCAGAGCCCGGCUCGGUCCGGUCCCUCUGCCCCCAUCCCGCACUCUUCCACCUCUUCCGAGUCCCGCUCCUCACCUAGGGCGCCCCAAACUGCCAUGGGUUAGGGUGGGGGCCGCAAGCCGCGCGAAGGACCAGCCCUGUGCAUCCACCGGGGGGCGCGGAGCCCUAACGCCGCUCGCCGUUCGCGGGCGUCGGGCAUGGGGAGAGCGGUGUAAGCCCGCACCCGGGAGGAAGCAGGAGCUGCGGAGACAGGCGCGAGGAGGAGGCGAAGGAGAGGAGCCGUGGAUUGGAAGGACCCGAGGGAGGGAGAGGCGGGAGGGUGGGGAAGCGAGGGAAAAGUGAAGCUGGGAGGAGAAGGCGGCGGAAGGUGGGGAUUGAUGCUUCUGUUUUUUGUUGCCGCUGCUGCCCUCUCGUUGGGAGCCGAGCCGGAGGGAAGGCGGUGGAGAGAUGAUUGCAGAGUUGGUGAGCAGCGCUCUGGGGCUCGCCUUGUAUCUCAACACUCUGAGUGCGGAUUUCUGCUAUGAUGACAGCCGUGCUAUCAAGACUAACCAGGACCUUCUCCCAGAAACUCCAUGGACCCACAUUUUCUACAAUGAUUUUUGGGGGACUCUUCUGACCCACAGUGGCAGCCACAAGUCCUACCGGCCACUCUGCACUCUCUCUUUUCGCCUGAAUCAUGCCAUUGGAGGGUUGAAUCCCUGGAGCUACCACUUUGUCAAUGUCCUGUUGCAUGCGGCUGUCACUGGUCUCUUCACAAGCUUCUCCAAGAUCCUCCUUGGUGAUGGAUACUGGACCUUCAUGGCUGGCUUGAUGUUCGCCUCCCACCCCAUUCACACAGAGGCAGUGGCAGGAAUCGUGGGACGGGCUGAUGUUGGGGCCAGUCUCUUCUUUCUCCUCUCCUUGCUCUGCUACAUUAAACACUGUUCUACAAGAGGCUACUCAGCCAGGACUUGGGGCUGGUUCCUUGGGACAGGACUGUGCGCAGGAUGCAGCAUGUUGUGGAAGGAACAAGGAGUGACUGUUCUGGCGGUUUCAGCAGUUUAUGAUGUCUUUGUCUUUCACAGGCUGAAAAUGAAACAGAUCCUACCUGCCAUUUACAAAAGGAAGAACUUGUCUCUCUUUCUCAGCAUUAGUUUGUUAACUUUCUGGGGGACCUCCCUUUUGGGGGCCCGCUUAUACUGGAUGGGAAACAAACCACCAAGCUUUUCCAACUCUGACAACCCGGCUGCGGAUUCUGAUAGCCUGCUGGCUCGCACGCUCACCUUCUUCUAUUUGCCAACCAAGAACCUCUGGUUGUUGCUAUGCCCAGAUACUCUCAGCUUUGACUGGUCAAUGGAUGCUGUGCCUCUGCUCAAAACAAUUUGUGAUUGGAGAAACCUACACACUGUGGCCUUCUAUACUGGACUCCUCCUCCUCGCCUACUAUGGAUUGAAGAGCCCAAGCAUAGAGAGAGAAUGCAAUGGGAAAGCUGUAACCAAUGGCAAGCAGAAUGCAAACGGACAUAGCUGCCAUUCAGAUGUGGAGUACCGGAACACAGAGAUUAAGCCCAGCUUUGCAUCCAAAGUAGAAAAUGGCAUUAAAAAUAAUGUAUCAGAGAGAACUCAGCUCCCUUCUACCGAGAACAUUGUUGUUCUGUCUUUAUCUUUGUUGAUAAUACCCUUUAUUCCUGCCACAAACUUGUUUUUCUAUGUCGGCUUUGUAAUUGCAGAGCGAGUAUUGUAUAUUCCUAGUAUGGGCUUCUGCCUCCUGAUUACAGUGGGUGCCAGAGCCCUUUAUGUCAAAGUCCAAAAGCGGUUUCUCAAGAGCUUGAUUUUCUAUGCUACAGCUACAUUAAUUGUUUUCUAUGGACUCAAGACCGCGAUCAGGAAUGGAGACUGGCAGAAUGAGGAGAUGCUGUAUAGGUCAGGGAUAAAAGUAAACCCAGCUAAAGCAUGGGGUAACCUUGGAAAUGUUCUGAAGAGUCAGAGCAAAAUUUCUGAAGCUGAAAGCGCCUAUAGAAAUGCUUUGUACUACCGCAGCAACAUGGCUGACAUGCUUUAUAAUUUAGGGUUACUUCUACAGGAGAACAGCAGAUUUGCAGAAGCCCUACAUUAUUAUAAAUUGGCCAUUGGGAGCAGGCCCACCCUGGCUUCUGCGUACUUAAACACGGGUAUUAUUCUAAUGAAUCAAGGAAAGACAGAAGAAGCCCGGCGGACGUUCCUAAAGUGUUCUGAUAUCCCAGAUGAAAACCUGAAGGACCCUCAUGCACACAAGAGCUCCGUUACCAGCUGUCUGUACAACCUGGGAAAGCUCUAUCACGAGCAAGGACGCUAUGAGGAAGCCCUGAGUGUAUACAAGGAAGCAAUUCAGAAAAUGCCAAGACAGUUUGCCCCACAAAGCUUGUACAAUAUGAUGGGUGAAGCAUACAUGCGAUUAAGCAAGCUCCCAGAAGCAGAGUAUUGGUAUAUGGAAUCACUGAAAUCCAAGACUGACCACAUCCCUGCCCAUCUCACCUACGGGAAACUGCUAGCUCUAACAGGUCGGAAGAGUGAGGCUGAAAAGUUCUUCUUGAAGGCUAUUGAGCUGGAUCCCACCAAAGGAAACUGUUACAUGCAUUAUGGUCAAUUUCUUCUGGAAGAAGCUCGCCUCGUAGAAGCAGCAGAAAUGGCAAAAAAAGCAGCUGAGCUGGAUAGUACAGAGUUUGAUGUUGUCUUCAAUGCUGCCCACAUGCUCAGACAGGCAAGCCUGAAUGAAGCAGCAGAGAAGUAUUAUGAUCUGGCAGCCAGGCUGAGGCCUAAUUAUCCGGCUGCUCUGAUGAACCUGGGAGCCAUUCUGCACCUUAAUGGCAGACUCCAGAAGGCUGAGGCCAACUACUUACGGGCUCUGCAGCUCAAACCUGAUGAUGUCAUCACACAGUCCAAUCUCCGAAAAUUGUGGAACAUCAUGGAAAAACAAGGUUUAAAGACUUCCAAGACCUGACACAGGAGGACAGAAGCUCAUCCUCUUCCAUUUUUUAAAAGCUGGCUCCAUUAACAGACCAAACUUCUCAGAAGUGUUAUGCUAAGAUCUCGUUUUUUGCACUUCAAGACCCGAGUAGAGGUCAUUGAGGUCAUUGUCACUUCUGGGAGAAUUCACUUUGCUAUUGGCACAGCCUUUAACACCAAAAAGGGGAACAUUGGAAGCCUCCUUGAGAAUGUAAUUGUUGCCCAUAGACUAUAAACCAGAGCACUUAACACAGGAUCUUUUGACAUUCUUAAAGGGGAGGGGGUACUUUGGUUAUAGUUUUUUUUUUUUUUUUUCAUUUUUGAAAGCUAAUUUUGAAAUUAUAUGGUUCCUUAAACACUGUGAGAGGAAGUCAGAGUGUCCAUUCAGCCACAAUACACUAUUAAGAUUGUUAAUAGGGAGUGAUUAACAUAGUGUGAAUCACAGUGAGCCUCUGGUUGUCCUAAUGCUGCUGUCUUCCGUCUUUGGGACAGCCUGCUUAUUGGUUUCUGAAGCUUAGAAAACUUUUUGUUCUGUUUAAUAUUGUAUCAAGACCUGUCAGAAUCUGCAGUUGUUUCUCAACUAGUGCACAAGAUGACUUGGAUGUUGACUUUUUUGAACAUCAUUUGCUUUUCAUGUUCUGAAGGAUAUGGAAAAUAGAGGUAGUCUUUGGAGAGGGGCUAGAGAAGCCUUAUAUCUGUCAGGCAGGCAUUUUUGUUUCAAUGUUGUCAAUGUUUUCUUCAAAACUGUCCAGUAGAAUUCAUUGUAUUAAUUUCUUUUGAUAUUUCUUUUUAAAAUGGCUGUUCUUGGCUAACAUGCGUGGUUGCAUAAGGAUGAGAGAAAGGGAAGCUUAUAAGUGUUCUAGUUCCAAUAACUAAUAGAUAGCAGUUAGACAAAAGGGAAGGUAUGUGUGCUUCCCAGAUUGUGUUGUUAAAAGAUCAAGUCUACACAAAGGAGUGUAUGAUGGUGGUUUCCCAGUUUUUAAUUUUGUAUUUUGCAAAGAAUUAUAUGAAAUGAUAACCAAUUUCUAAUAGAUACCUAAACAGCAGUGCAGAUCAAUAUUCAAAGGAUUAUUUUUAUCUUAUUUGUUCUUCCUGAAAGGUAUCAAAAAUGAGUUGUUUUAAACUGCAAUAGAAUAUAGCAUUAACCUGUAUAUGGAUAGGUCUUCUGCCACGUGAUUUUUUUUCAGUUGAAAACUAUUUUUCACUAGCAAAUUGGGUAUUUUAUUUCAUUACCUGUUAUCAACCACUUCACUGAUCAUUUCACAAAUGAAAGACUAGAAAUGAAGCAGAGAAAAACAUUUAUUGAACAGUUUUUGACUUGCAAUCAAACUUUGCUACUAAAAAUUAAUUUCAUAAAACACCAGUCUGUUAUCAACUUUUUAUAGAGAAAUUAGCUAUACGAUACCCUACAUAUUUAUUUAUUUAUUAUUAUACAGUAGCAGAAUAACAACAAAAAAAAAAAAAACUUGAUUCAUUAAGCCAGUUCUUUGCAACUGAAAAUUAGCUUUUUCUCCUUCCCUUUCACACUCCCUGUAUAUAAGAUCAAAUUUCCAUUAAAGGGAAGCUGGACAUGCAAAUACAUCAUAUUAUGUUUUCUCCUUAUUUUGUGUAUUUUGCUAUGUAUCUGAAUACAGUGGGAUAAAGAAUUUAAAGUAGUGUUGCUAUGGCACUAGUGUUUUUGUGAGAAGGGCAAAUGUAGUAAGAGAGAUUUUUUUAAUGGCAUUAAUAAGAAGGCCCUCCUGUAAUGUGUGUAUUAUUUUGUAAACAUUUCAUUGAAGGGCCAAAGUUAAGUUAUAACUAAAUCACUGUGUUUCCAGAAUGAUAUUUAACAUUUAACAACCACAAACCAAUGGUCAAACUGAAGUAGUGGGUUGAAGUGUAUGUUUCAUCUUAGUGCAUUGGCAAUUGCAAAAAAAAAAAAGAAAAAGGAAUUUAAUAUAAGGCUAUAAAGAUAAAUUCAAUGUCUAACAUUUUUAUUUAUUUAAAUAGUUAUUGACUUAUGACAACUUCCUAGUCUUAACAUUUUAUGUCUCUUUAUUGUUAUUGUUUUCUUCCUUUCCAACACUUGUUUCUUAAUAGGUUCACUGAAUGCAUAGUAGAGGCACUUCAUGUGACUCAGUUCCCAAGUAGCAUUAAUAAUUGGGCUGUGUCAUAAAAUGCAUGGAUUUUUAAUAACUACAUGUCCCUGACACUUUUACUACAGGGCUGUACUUAGUAACUGACCAACUCGGGCUUGGGGGGAGGUCUGGGGGGGAUGUCAGAACAUGAUCAAAAAUGUCUCCGCUCAGGGAUUUAUGGUGGAUUAUUGCAGACAGUGCUAAAAAUAUAGAGCACAAGACAAGUUUACUAAAUUAAAAUUUUAUUUUUUGAGAAGCUGUUAUUUGUAUAAAUUAUCAAGAUUUGUAGGCUUUCCUUUUGUAGAAAUAAUUGUUUUAUGUGCCAGAGAAUUUCAAUUUUGUUUUCAACAAUAAAGCAUUGAUAACAAAUA